AUGGGCCAGGACCAGACUAAGCAUCAAAUCGAGAAAGGAUUACGUCUCUAUCAAUCUAAUGAGACUGCUAAAGCUCUAGAUAUCUGGAAGCGAGUCUUGGAGAAGAGUACAGACCUGCCUGGAAGGUUCCGGGUGCUGGGCUGCCUCAUCACUGCUCACUCGGAGAUGGGCAAGUACAAGGACAUGAUGACGUUUGCUGUAACACAAAUCGAUGUGGCGCGAGAAAUCGCAGACUCUGAUUAUGUCACUGAGUCUUACCUCAACCUCGCACGGAGCAAUGAGAAGCUGUGUGACUUCCCCAAGGCUAUUGCCUAUUGCAAGACCUGCUUGAGCAUGCAAGGGACUACUGUGGGCUUGCAGUUAAAUGGCCAGGUGUGUCUCAGCAUGGGCAAUGCAUACCUUGGCCUGAGCUCCUUCCAGAAGGCCCUCGAAUGCUUUGAGAAGGCUCUGCGUUAUGCACACAGCAAUGAUGAUAAGAUGUUGGAGUGUCGGGUCUGCUGCAGUCUGGGCAAUUUCUACAUUCAGCUCAAAGACUAUGAGAAAGCUCUCUUCUUCCCUUGUAAAGGGGCUGAGCUGGUCAGUGACUAUGGGAAGGGCUGGAGUCUGAAGUAUAAGGCAAUGAGCCAGUACCACAUGGCAGUCGCUUAUCGGAAAUUGGGCCGUUCGGAUGAUGCUAUGGAAUGCUGUGAGGAGUCGAUGAAGAUUGCAAUCCAACACCGGGAUCGUCCUCUGCAGGCUCUUUGCCUGCUCUGCUUUGCGGACAUUCAUCGACAUCACACUGAUGCUAUGAAAGCUUUGCCUCGUUAUGACUCUGCACUCAGCAUCAUGGUGGAAAUCGGGAACCGCCUGGGACAGGCCCAGGUUCUGAUGGGAAUCGCAAAGUGUUGGCUCCUUCGGAAGGAGCAGGACAAGGCUCUCCAGAUUGUGCAGAAAGUGGAGGAAGUGGCUGAAAGUGUGGGGAACAAGUUGUACAUGCUGAAGGCACACUGUUUGAGUGAGACAAUCUAUCGCACAAAGGGCUCCCAGCAACUUCUCCGGGAGCACGUUGUCAAAUUCCACGAGUGUAUGGAAGACAUGGAGUUAUACUGUGGGAUGUGCGGAGAUUCAAUUGGAGAUAAAAACUCACAACUCCAGGCAUUGCCAUGUUCCCAUCUCUUUCAUCUAAAAUGUAUACAAAGCAGUGGAAGUAGGGGUUGUCCGAACUGCAGACGGUCAGCUGUGAAACCUGGCUAUGUGUGA